GUAAACACGAAAAAAGAGAGUAUAAAAAAAGAACAACUUAUUAUACUUCCUCUUCCUCUUCCUCUUCCUCUCUCUCUCUCUCUCUCUCUCUCUCUCUCUCUCUCUUUGUACUUAAUUUAUCCGUCUAGGCCUCUUUUAAAACCCCCUGCUACCCUCAUUUACAUUCUCUAUCUCUCUCUUACGUUCUUUCUCAUUCUCCAGGAAUAUCGCUCAAGAGUUAAGCGACCCGUACACCUUUCUCGUUAGGCUAAUUGGUGACGAAGCCUCACUCAAACGAGUUUUCCUCCUUCGUGAUUCCGAUUGGCAGCGACACGACUCUCGUUAAUAUACUUACAUAUGUAUAUAUAUAUAUAUACACCUUAAGUACUCCGUCUGCCUACAUACUUCAUAUUUUCUCUCAUUUCUUUCUUUUUUUCCCCCCUCUCUUUUCCUUUUCCUUUUCUUUUUUUCCGUUUUUUCUUUUAUUUCUUUUUUUAUUUUUUUUUUCUUUUUUUUUUUCUUUUUUUUUUCUACACCGUCAAGACUUUUUGAAAAUGUUAGGAGAGAAAAAAAGAAAACAAGAAAAAAGAAAAGAAAAAAUAGAAAAGAGAAAAGAAAUCUCGUCAAUUACGGUAAUAUGAAUAAUUCUUUGCAGAUAAGAGAAUCUCAUACGUAUUUAAAAAGGACAUUCGAAAUGAGAAUUCCGCAUACAAUUACCGAGAAUAUCUUCAAAGCUUACAGAUGCUCGGCAGAGACUUCUUCAUUGUCAUACGAACAACGGAGAACACUUAUUUCGGAAAAUUUCAACUGGGAUGAUAACAUAGUACCGGAAUUAAAGAUACUAGCUCUUCGUGUUAUAGUAUCGUCAUGGGAAAAUAAUCCCAUACUCAAAGAAUUGCCAAAUUGUAUGGAUCAAGAUGUUAUUAUAGAAACCUUGCCCACUGAUCUUCCCUUUGAAUUGACUAUUACUAAGAUAGACGACGAACAUUAUUGGGAACGUGCUGCCAAAAAUAGAUGGUCCUUUAAUAAUCCAAACGAUUACGAUAAAUCAUGGCGACGAUUAUACUGCGAACGUCAUUUGGCCGAAUAUUUGGAAAAUUUUGAGCCAAGUUACUUUGAAUCGCAAAGAGAUGAUUGUAUGAAAAUUGUUGAACUUUCGAGCGAGCACGUGCGUGUAUUAAAGUUGGGUGCUCUAAAACCUACCAAAAAACCAUUGAGAGACGAUGACGAUCAUGAUAAUCUGUACAAUGACGAUGUGGUCGAGCAUAUUCCAAUGUCGAUAAUCUUACCGCAAUUACCGUACCUCACUGAAAUGUCCUUGAACAUGGGCAUGAUCUAUAUGGACGAUGGUUUCGAAUGGAGAGAUUUCGAAUUAAUCUUAUCAAAUGUGAAAAGAUUUUCAGUGAAAGACUGUUCGGAUCUUGGCGAAGGAUUGAAAACUUGUUACAAUCUGAAGAAAUUUAGUUUUACGAGAAGCAAGUUGGAUCGAGCCAGAGUUGCUGUUCUUCUACAGAAACUCGUAGGAAAUAAAAAUCUUGAGGAAUUGGAUUUUUCGCAUUGCAAGCUAUUUGAUUUGGGUGCACAAGCGGUCGCUGAAUUUGUAUCGUUACACGGACGAUUGAAAGUACUUCGCUUGGUCAACAAUAUGAUCGGGGCCGAGGGUAUAGCUGGUAUAGUUUAUGUUUUGUUAGAAAGGGAAUCAAUGUUGAGUCAUCUCGAUUUGAGAUUGAAUCCAUUGGGUGAUGCCGGUGGUAUUCACAUUUGUGCACUAUUACUGAGAAACAAGCACGUUGAGGUUCUAAAUGUCAGCAGUUGCGAAUUAAGCUCAGCCAACGGAGAAGCGAUAGCCGAGAUAUUCAAGGAGUCUACGGAUAUAAACGUCGAAACGUUCGAGAUUGAUCUGUCAAAUAACAAUUUCGGUCCAAUAGUUGGCAAACUGUUCGAGAAGAUCGUUGAAACUAAUAAAUAUAUCAUUGGAUUCGACGCAAGAAUGUGCAAUUUCACGAAGGAAUCCGAGUCCUCGAUAUGGCAAAGUGUACUUAGAAACAAGAAAAAAAGAGCACAAGAAAAAGUAUCUGGCGUACAAGGAAGUACUCCACGCUCGUUAUCACCUCGCUUGGAUCCCGAGUACCCAAAGAAAAAUGAGACCGAUGACGACAUUAUCUCUGUCGAAGAGGAGAAAAAGACAAUUUUCAAUAGUCAAAUUCAAGUCAAUCAAGUCAAAUCUACGGAGAGUGUUUAUCCGAUUGAAGAAAACAACAUGGCGACGACCAAUAACUUUAACAAAGAAGAUAUUAAAGAAGAAAAUCAAAACGAAAUUCCAUAGAAAUAAAUUAUAAUUGUAAAAUUAUUUUAUUGUAUUAAAUGAUACUCCAAUUUGAUAUAUAUGUGUGUGUGUGUGUGUGUACGCGUGUGUAUAUGUAUGUAUGUGUAUCUAUAAAAAGGCAAAAAAGAAAAAAAAGAACAAAACCGAAACUAACUGUAAGCAGCAAUUUUUUUUUCAUUUUUAAUAAACUCGAUUUUGUGGAUCACCCUGUAUAGAUACAUAUAUAUAUAUACUUAUACAGAAUCAAAAAUUCAUUCUCGCAAAAAGUCAUUAAAUAAUUAACUUAGUUCUGUAAAUAUGAUAUAAAAAAAAAAAAAAAGUAAGUAGAAAACCAACGAGAAAAUAAAAAUUUAUAUUUAUUCUGUAGAAAAAAGGAAACAAAUGAGAUCAUUAAAUUCCAUCGAAAUAUUGUUCGUACGUGACAUCCAAAUUUUCAUGUGUUGAUUUGUUACACGUCCUAAAGAUGGGGAUGGCGAGCGGCCGGCCGGCCGGCAGAUGUGUUCGGGGUGAAUGGGUGGAUAAAGGGUGAGCUGGGGGAGGGUGCGCACGCAUGCGCACGAAGGUAUUUGUUUUAUGGCGAUAUUCAACAUAAAGCGUUAAAAGUAGGCAGCAGCAAAGCAUAACAGUUUCUACGGAUUUGCCAGUGGGAAGCUACAGCGCGUAAAGCCGAUGGAAAUUGGAGCAUUCGACCGUGUACGGAGUUCAAGGGGAUGAUUCCGACGACUUCGUUCAUGUGAAUACAUACAUACAUACAUACAUACAUACAUACAUACAUAUAUAUAUAUACAUGCGAAGCGCCCUCGGACGAACUUGCACGCGAUCGCAUCAAAUUAGAUUUUACUAUCGAAGAACACCGAAUUACCACUCUGUUUCCUUCUAUAUAUACAUAUAUACGUACAUGUAUAUGUGCGCAUAUAUGUAUGUAUAAAUAUAUAUAUAAAUACACGUAUAUAUACGUGUGUAACAGGAUCCGAUAAAUCUGUCGAGUUCGCCGAUCAAGAUGACCUUUUCUUCGACGAUUUCGAUCGGCAUUGAACAAUUAACUGAGAUGGGAAUGAUCUCAGGAAUGAUAAUAACUAAAUACAUAAAACUUACAUACGCAGAUGACCCUACAUUUAUAUGGUUUUAUCUUUUUUUCUUUUCUUUUCUUUUUAUUG